AUCAUCUGCCAUGUCUACAGAGGGGCAGAGAGUUGAUGAUAGUCCCAGCACUAGCGGAGGCAGCUCUGAUGGAGAUCAGCGUGAAGGUGUUCAGCAGGAGCAAGAAAGGGAGCAAGUUCAACCCAAGAAAAAAGAGGGCAAAAUAUCAAGCAAAACGGCUGCUAAACUGUCAACUAGUGCUAAAAGAAUUCAGAAGGAACUUGCUGAAAUUACAUUAGACCCUCCUCCAAACUGUAGUGCUGGACCCAAAGGAGACAACAUUUAUGAAUGGAGGUCAACUAUACUGGGGCCUCCAGGGUCUGUAUAUGAAGGUGGAGUUUUCUUCCUUGACAUUACCUUUUCACCGGACUAUCCUUUUAAACCACCUAAGGUAACAUUUCGGACAAGAAUCUACCACUGUAAUAUCAACAGCCAAGGCGUCAUCUGCCUGGACAUUUUAAAAGACAACUGGAGCCCAGCGUUAACCAUUUCUAAAGUUCUCCUCUCCAUCUGCUCCCUCCUCACAGACUGCAACCCGGCUGACCCCCUGGUCGGAAGCAUUGCCACUCAGUAUAUGACUAACAGAGCAGAGCACGACAGAAUGGCCAGACAGUGGACCAAGAGAUACGCCACAUAGGAACCUGCUCUAGGAUUUGCUGGACCUGUGCAAGCACAUUCACUAAGUGCAUCAAUAGCCCUUCCCUUCAUUCUUAUUUUUUAUUAAAUUUUGAACCAUUUUGUGACAAAAGGUUGUCCUUACUUUCUUUUUUGGGUUUAUUUUUAUUUUUAUUUGUUUUGGGGUUUUUUGUUCUGUUAACUUGAAAGUCGUUUCCCUCAAAUGUAGACAGGGAAUUUUGGUUAUCAGUGCAAAGAAUGUUGGAUCUGUAAUAGUAUAGAGCUUUGUCACAAAGCUUUGUAUUAAUGUGUGGUUUGUUUUUUUUUUUUCUUUCAUGUGGUUUUUGGGAAAACAAACAAAUUCAGAAUUAUAUCUCGUUUCUACUUAAAUGUAGUGUUUAGGGUUAUUUUUUUGUACUGAAGUCUUUAAUGGUGGGUGCAUGCUACUGGGAACAAGUUUUGUAUAAAAGCUUAAAAUCAAGAAUCACUGUGCAUUACUAAGACUGUGUUUAUCACUAGCCUUCUGUUUCCCACACAAAAGGCUAUUGCAUUGAACAAAUUAAUAUGUAUUUUGAUUUACUUAAAAAAAAAGUGCUUGUAAAUUUCUUAGGGACCUGCCACUUUUGACUGUGGAUCAGUUGAUGUACACUUGUAUUAUUAAAGCACUCAAUAAAACACUGUGGCUGAUAAAUGCA